AGUUGGAAAUGUCAUGCGUGGCACAUAUUCAUCCGAUGGCGAACAACAAAUUAUGCUGAAUUGUGCAUUAAAUUGGGUAAAACUAGAAGUCGGAGCGUGUUUCAGUUUCUGUAGUCAUUGCGAGUAGAGGCUUUUCCUAAUUUGGUGAUAAAAUUAAGCUUUUUUGCAAACAAACAUCCGCAACGAAUGUGAAGCUGUCAACCCUCUAUGAUAAAUCAACACCAAAAGUGCAUCUCCCUCAGCUGUCAAACCAGCUGAGGUGCAUUUGUUUUUAUUUGCAAUCGCUGGAUACGCCGCACACAAAACAGUCUAGGGGGGGUUUCUGGUUUAUAUUCCAAAAACACCACAUAUCAUCGGCCAUGGAAUCGUCCUCAUCUUCUAACAAUACCAAAGAACCAUUAAUUGACGAUGCCGACACGAGUGUUGUCGAGGAUAUGGAAGAGGAACGACGGAACUUUUUCAAAAUCAUUGCCGCCUUCAAGUACUACCGGCACAGCUCAAUGGCUGAACUGAAGCGAAAGGAAAGCUUUCUACAAACGCUACCACCGGCACACCAGAAGAUGCUUUCGAACUACCGGGAGCAUCUGCAGAACCUGAAGCGCUGCAUCGAGGUGAAUGCGCAAGUUAUAAAGCAAAUCAUUCAGGAUGCCAACUGUCUGUUUCAAAAUGCGGACCACAAUAUCGAGCCCGAUCUGCAGCCGUCCGACGGGCUGAAGCUGCGCUAUCAGGACUUUCAAAAGGUACAAAUAACGAUGAAACAAAUAUUUCGCGACUGGAGCGAACAGGGCAAACUGGAGCGAGACCAAUGCUACACACCAAUAAUAGACGAGAUUAAGUCAUUUUUCGAUCCUGCUAAAUAUGACCUCGCAAAGGUGAAAAUAUUGGUGCCCGGUGCGGGGCUUGGUCGGCUGAUUUACGAGCUUGCCUGCCAGGGGUUCUACUGUGAAGGAAACGAAUUUUCUCUCUUCAUGCUGAUUGCGUCCAACUUUGUAUUAAACAGAUGCGUUGUUGCCAAUCAAUGUACAAUCUAUCCCUGGGUGCACCAGUUUGUGAACAAUCUGUCGCAGCAGAACCAACUCGUUCCGGUCACGUUUCCCGAUGUGAGCCCAAGGAAAUUCCCACCGAAAGGCACGAUGAACAUGGUAGCUGGAGACUUUUUGCAGGUAUACCGCGAUGAGGAUUACUGGGAGUGUAUAGCUACGUGCUUCUUCAUCGACUGUGCUAAUAACAUUAUCGAGUUUGUGGAAGUGAUUAAGAAGAUAUUGAAACCCGGUGGGAUAUGGGUAAAUUUGGGUCCACUGCUGUACCACUUCUCCGAUGUGCCAGGGGAGGGUAGCAUCGAACCUACGUACGAAGAUCUGCUUGAAAUUAUUCGCUCUCUCGGAUUCAUCAUUCUGAAAAAUGAAACGAAUGUAGUGACGACGUAUUCUCAAAACCCCAACUCCAUGCAUCAAAGCCACUACAAUAGCAUAUAUUUGGUUUGCCAGAAGCCCAUCAAUUGACCUUAUGCCAUCGCGCUAAUCGUGUCACGAUUACUGUGCACUUUGCCUCAGAUCCAAUGGUUCUACAGGAUAUAUAGACAAAUAUAUAAUGAUUUAUUUUGCAACAACAGCUUCGCAAGAACAAGUGGA